GGUGAUAUCACCCGAGCCGCCGACUUACGCCUUGUCUGACUGCAACGGCGCUGUCUUACAUCUAUUUGAGGCACCUCUUCAUUCAGCACCCUCGCAUGAAUGCGGCCUGCACUCGAGGCAGUGCACGGCUGAUCCUACAGACUGCGAGCACCCGACCCGCACCGCAGCCUCUCGCGAGAUGACCCGAUAACAAGCGAGGAGUAUGGACGCCAAGCGACGCGCAUGGGUCCCGAGCGCGGACAGCGGCGCACUCAGGGGCGGGCGCGCCCACCGCAAUCGCCAUCCUGAUGGCGGAGAUCUGGCGAUAACUGCCGAUCCAGGAAAGAUCCCGCGGAUACGCCAUCACAGUCACCUCGAUCCGUAUGUGCUCUUCGACCCCCUUCUAAGUUCUAAUCCCACCGCCUGCCGGACGUGCAGCAACCCCAUAUACGGCGCAAUGCAGUCCUGCUUGGCUUAUCCCGCGCAUGCUUCCUCUCAUAAUGAUGAGGCAUCACGCUGCCAGCCGCUCUCGCGACGCUUAUCGUGCUGGGAGGUGGAGCCCACCGGACGUAUGGCGCGCCUAACAGCGCGCGCAGCACCCGCACUUCAUUGCGAUGUCUGCACCCAUUUCGGGCUGCAUGGCGGCAGCAUUCUCGGCGUGUUGCGCGCGUUGAUGGGGCUCUAUGAGCGAACCUUUCUGGGACGUCCCCCGUUUUGCACGUCGUGCGACGCCUCUCACGCGCCUGGUCUUCCCUGCUCGCCUCCAUCCGAUAGAAGACGCCAGCCCUCGACCCCUCCGGAUCCUCGAGCAGUGGACGCAUGA